CGGCGAAAGGUUUUAUAUACAAGUGGAAUUCGCACUGCCAAAUUGCUAUAAGUCAAAAUAUAGGGUAGUCGGGCGGUUGACUCGUUCGUAGAGCAGCCGGCGUGCGUGAUCCAGUACCGACGUCUUGUAUCAACAAGUUAGUGCACUCGUUCGUGACACGCGAGUUGGGAUUAUACGCGUCCUGAUAACUCAAGCCAGCAGGCAAAUGCACUGGCACUGGAAGCCUUUGUAGUCUAUCGUUUUAUAGAGGCAUCAGACUUUGUGUGUUAACAUGGGGUGCAGUGGAAGAUAUUAUUUUCUGACUCUGGUUUUGUGCGUUGUGACUGAACUUGCGAUCGGUGUGAGUGUGACGGCCAAGAGAAAGAAAGAAGCCAUAAGCACCGCAGACGAUCAAUCGACGUCAGCGUCAUGGUGGCAAGCGGGAACAGCAACACCGUUUCGCGAGGGCUCUAGCAGCGCCUUCUCCUCGACCCACGGCCUCGUACAAACUCAUCCGACAGGAAGCGAUCCCUUCGCCUCCUUCGGCAGCAUCGGCAGUACUUCUGGACCCUCAUCCAACCCAUUCGCUUCAAGCGGCAGCGGUCCGUUGAGCAGUGGAGUUCGGAGCAACCCUCUUCCGUCUUUGACCAGAAAUGCUAAUGGAAAGCUUUCUCUGAAGCAUUUGGACUUCACAAGCAGUGCUACUGCUGAGUUGAGAAGGAACCCUGCCCUGUCCGCCCCUGAUGAAUGUGCUCGUGCCUGCAGGGAGAAUGAACCACCAAGGAUUUGCUACUACCACUUCACUUUGGAAUUGUACACGGUUUUGGGAGCAGCGUGUCAAGUCUGUACACCAAAUGCGACGAAUGUGGUGUGGUCUCAUUGUCAAUGUGUGUUGGCCGAUGGUGUCGAGCGAGGAAUCCUCACAGCCAACAGAAUGUUGCCUGGACCUUCCAUCCAAGUGUGCGAGAAUGACAAGGUAGUUAUUGAUGUAGAGAACCAUAUGGAAGGUAUGGAGGUGACCAUUCACUGGCACGGAAUCUGGCAGAGAGGCUCUCAGUACUACGACGGUGUGCCGUUUGUGACGCAGUGCCCUAUUCAGCAAGGAAAUACGUUCAGAUAUCAAUGGCAAGGUAACGCAGGUACCCACUUCUGGCACGCUCACACAGGUCUGCAGAAACUCGAUGGUUUAUACGGCAGCAUCGUCGUACGUCAGCCUCCCUCUAAGGACCCCAACAGUCACUUGUACGACUACGAUUUAACUACUCACGUAAUGUUGCUCAGUGACUGGUUGCAUGAGGAUGCCGCUGAAAGAUACCCAGGUCGUCUGGCCGUUAACACUGGACAAGACCCCGAGAACGUUCUUAUUAACGGAAAGGGUCAAUUCAGAGACCCCAACACUGGUUUCAUGACAAACACACCGCUCGAAGUGUUUACAAUUACUCCUGGCAGAAGAUACAGAUUCAGAAUGAUCAACGCUUUCGCGUCCGUAUGUCCCGCGCAAGUCACUUUCGAAGGCCACAAUUUAACCGUUAUUGCGACUGACGGUGAGCCAGUGCAUCCGGUACAAGUAAACACCAUCAUCUCGUUCUCAGGUGAACGAUACGACUUUGUAAUCGAAGCGAACAACAUUCCUGGAGCCUACUGGAUCCAGGUCCGAGGACUCGGAGAGUGCGGUAUUAAGAGAGCGCAACAAUUAGGUAUUCUCAGAUACGCAAGAGGACCUUACCAGCCAUCAUCGCAGCCGCCCACCUACGACGUAGGCAUACCUCAAGGAGUGGUGAUGAACCCAUUGGAUGCCAGGUGUAAUAUAACAAGAAACGAUGCUAUUUGCGUCAGUCAGCUGAAGAAUGCCAAACACAUUGAUCCAGCCAUCCUUCAAGACAGACCCGACGUUAAAAUCUUCUUGCCUUUCCGUUUCUUCGUCUAUAGGCCCGAGAUGUUGUUCCAGCCCAACACCUAUAACCGAUACUUAGUCGCUCCUGGAGGAGAUCACGUAAUCAGUUUGAUAGACGAAAUUUCAUACAUGGCCCCGCCCGCGCCACUUAUAAGUCAGUACGACGACAUCAACCCCGAACAGUUCUGUAACGGUGACAAUCGGCCCGCUAACUGCGGACAGAAUUGCAUGUGUACCCACAAAGUCGAUAUACCCCUAAACGCUGUUGUUGAAGUAGUAUUGGUAGAUGAAGUUCAAAUCGCGAACUUAUCUCACCCGUUCCACUUGCACGGAUACGCCUACAACGUCAUCGGUAUUGGUCGCUCACCUGACCAGAACGUAAAGAAGAUCAACUUGAAACAUGCUCUCGACCUCGAUAGAAGAGGUUUGCUCGAGCGUCACCUUAAGCAGGGAGACCUCCCACCAGCGAAGGACACCAUUGCCGUCCCGAACAACGGCUACGUCAUUAUCCGUUUCAGAGCCAACAACCCUGGCUUCUGGCUUUUCCAUUGUCACUUCCUCUUCCACAUCGUUAUUGGCAUGAACCUCGUUCUUCAAGUCGGUACUCAGGCCGAUCUGCCGCCGGUCCCUCCCAACUUCCCCACAUGCGGCGACCACCUUCCUCCCAUCUCGCUCCACUAAAUUGGUUCCUAGACAAAUUGCCCCGUUUUUUGCAUGUGCAAAUAAAAGUGCAGCACAGCCCCAGUUGAUUUAAAUAUGUUAACUAAGUGUAAAUUUAUGUUUGUUUUGUGUGAUGUGUCCGGUAGAUUCGAAGUGCUCGAUUCUGCCGUUUGUGUUUAUUUUUGUACUAGAAUGAUUCAAUGGGAGUUAAUGAUGGUUUGUGAUUUUAUUUAACGAUGAUGCACUGUUUCUACGAGUUGACUUCAUUUAAUUUUAUGCCAUAUUCGGUGAUAUUUUCUUAAUUACGUUUUAAUUAUUAAUAUCGCCUAUAAUAUGUACUUUGAGGCUCUUGAACCAACAAUAUUAUUUUUGCGUAUAGUUUAACAAGACAUGUCCGUCCUGUAACUAACAACUUGCCAUUAUAAUUUUAUUUUCACCAAUGAUAUUUAUUACUUGUAUAUAUUUAAAAGCUACUUAUUAGACCUACUUGCUUAGAAUUUUAAGAUGUCUGGACAAUAAUCCAACUGAAUGUUGCAUGCACUACAAUUUAUGAUAAUAUGUAAAUAACGGAUUUCAGUACUUAUGUAAAUACACAGUAGUAUGACCACUCUGUAUCACACUCCGUAAACAAACAAAGACUGUAUAUUAUUAUGUAGACUAUAGAUAUACAGAAAGUACACGUGAGGUUACCAUUAAUUAAGAGAUUUGUUUAGUUUUACGGCUUGAAGUCAGUGUGAUUGUGCCAACGGAAAUUACAAAAAUAUGUCGGUGUGUCCUAGUCGGCCUAGAACGACAAUACCCAACUUACAACGAACAUUUAUCGCAGCGAAGUAGGUAUAUUUUGCUACUAAGUAAAGACAAGCAAAAAAAAACGUUACGAUUUAUCAUAUUAAUAUAAAACUACUCUAAGAAUGUAAAAUUUUAUACCAUUUAA